CCUUAGUCUGCAGAAGUCAAUGUCCUCAUUCACCAUGCAAGCCUGUCUCCAUUUGUACCAUUUACUGUAUCUAUACACUAAACAGUUCAACUGUGUCCACCCCUCCCCUCCCUUGUCCUCUCCUCAUGUGACCUCAGUGGAGACAGAGAAAGUUCCCUGUCUUUUCCCGCUGGACCUUUGGCAUCAGUGAACAGACUAAUCAAUGCAACAGCAACUCUAUUAACAAACUCUACAUCCAGUUGGAGAGAACUAACUGAACACAGAGGGCUAAUUUUGGAAGCAAGCUGCAUUCAAACAGCCACCUGCUGUUGUCUCUCACUGAGCUGCACACUCUGGUGCUGAAGGGACGGGGGACACAGACAGUCUGUUGGAGGAGCACUCUGUGUCCGAGGGAGAAUGUCGGGGAGCAACCAGCUACAGGACCUAGUGCUCAUUAAAGAACUAGAGCUCAUCUUGGAUUCCUGCACAGUGGAGCUCACACCAGUGGAUGAAGUCUGGCCCAACCUGUACAUAGGAAAUGUGGCUGUGGCACAGAGUAGAAAGAAAUUACAUAACCUUGGCAUCACUCAUGUCCUGAACGCAGCACACUCUAAGCAGGGCAGCAUCGGGGACCAGAGUUUUUAUGGGAACACCACUGUUUACCUUGGCAUCCCAGCAGAGGAUUCUGACCACUUUGACCUCAGUCAGUACUUCAAGCUUGCAUCUGACUUCAUACAUAAAGCCCUGAAGAGCAAAGAUGGAAAAGUGCUUGUCCACUGCAUCAUGGGCGUGAGUCGAUCGGCCACUCUGGUCCUGGCUUUCUUCAUGUUGCGACAGCGUCUUUCUCUGAGAGACGCUCUGCGGCGUGUCGUCCAAAAACGAGCCAUUUAUCCCAACCGGAACUUCCUGUCUCUCCUCCUCAAGCUGGAUGAACAGCUGACACUCAAACGGAGGUUGUGUCCUCUUCUCUGACAUUCUUCUUUGUUUUUUCUCAGCUCCUCUAAACUCCGUCAUCACAUUAAAUUUCUCUUUUUAUCCAUGUGUUACACUCCCCUCUAACCAGUAUGGACAAUUUCUAUAAAUAAUAAGAAUGUGCAUGAUGUAGUAGAGCUGAGAGUUUGACGGAGGUGAACAUUUCAAGUCCAUCUUUUUAUUUCUACAGAUCUAAGGUCUACUUUUCAUGUACAAUUUUAAUUUCCAGGAGCAGCAAUGGUCAUGUGUUGUGUGAAAUAUUGUAAAUAUCUAAUUGUCAUAUUUUGCUGAGGUUUGUUUUUCAUAUUAAAACUGUAUUCAACCAUAACCUGUCAAUGUUGUCAGGCAUGUGCACAAGCUUUUCAAAUGCAGCUUUAUGACUCGUUGUGAAUCACCAUGAAAGACAUUUUAU